AAAACUAAGUUUGCGUACGUCAGAACACCUCAACUGAAUAAUAAAGAUAAUAAAAAACUGAACGCGCGAUACUCAGCAUCUACCAAAGAUACGCACCGCGAAACUUACGUAACUAGCCGGCCUCACUUCUAACUCAAUUGUACAACUACACCCGACAUUUUGUAUCAUAUCUACAUAUUUAAGUACAAACUUACAUAUAAUACAUGCCCUGAUCAUUUAUUUAUUGCGCUGUAAUUCUGCACCAAAUAUUCAAUGACUGAACUGCGUAUAAAAUGGACGUUUUCGCCCGAUGUAGCAUAUAAAAUUGUAAGGAUACGUUGCAUGCAUCUUAUUUAUUUAUUAGCGCUCGGAAGGCGAUAUCGUAAGCGGCCUCAUAGCGCUCCGCUCACACCUAUUUCGUUUCCCCGCCGUCUGGCGGCCAUGUUGGCCGAUGCGCCGCGCUGCCGUCCGCGAGCCCGCCAGUUUCACGCGGGCUUCGAGAGGCGCAUACCGCCCGCGUAUACACAGCGUCCGCACAAACACCCGCACGCGAGCCGACGUCACGUCGCGCAAUGGUCCGCACCAAGGACGGCGACGGCAUCAAGAGCAGCCUCAUCAUCUCCGAGGUGAAGCGGCGGCCCUGCCUGUUCGACACCAACGACCCCAACUACGGCGACCGCGCGGAGAAGGCGCGAUGCUGGGAGGAAGUGUGUGAGUGCGUCGUGCCCGGCUGGGCUGCGCUCCCGCCGCCGGAGAAGUUCGCGGCCGGUAAAGAGGUGCAGAAACGAUGGCGCUCGAUCCGCGACUCUUACACGAAGACAUUCAGGCAGGGCAAGUGCGUGCUCCCGGAGCAGUGCCCCCCGGGCAGCAGGCGUUACCAGUACCACCAGCAGAUGUCCUUCUUGCUCAAGGCGCUGCAGAACAAAAAACCAAGAUACUCCCAAGACAAAUACGAGUCCUUCUCAGAGAUCUCAAACUCCCCACAGCAUCCGCCCCCAGAGGACGUUAUGCUGAAAAUAAAAAACGAAACCAUGGACAAACCAUUAGACCUCAAAACUAAACACGAUGACAAACCAGAGACACAGGACAAAUGCAACCAAGCUACCUGCAUAGACAAGCCAAACUCCCUCGAAAUCAAAAUUGAUGCGAACUCCAUUCUGCCAGAAGAUCAUUUUGAUGACGACAAACUAUUCAUGAAUUCUUUAAUACCUUUAUUUAAGAAAAUGAAUGAUGACACGAGAUUAUUGUGUCGGAUUGAGGUCCUAAAGAUUAUCAGGUACGCGUUACAAGGUCACAAAUGUUUCGAAGCGUUAAAAGUGGCUGAGGAUUCGUUUGUGAAGGAAAGGAGUAGUGCGGCUCUGGCUAAGGAAGAGAGUAAUGUGUCCACCAGCUCGCAGAAGAGCCAGGAGUCAAGACUGGCGAUGACUACGAGGUCAGCUGAUGGGAGCAGACCGGUUAGGAAACGGAGGGUACGCUCACCGUCGCCCCUGCCAGUGCCAACGAAAAAGAGAGGGCCAGGCCGUCCUAGAAAGGUGCGGCCUCCCCCCUCAGACUCUGACGAGGAGCAGGUGGCGAGGAAACGCCUGCCCAAACUGAAGGUGUGCGAGUCUCCGUGUGACGAGGACUCCUACAGUCACGCCACCAGUGUUGCUCAAUUGUCCACGCCGCUGUUUAUGAAGAUAUACAACCUAGAGAGGUCCAAAAUCGCCCCCGCUCUGCCGACAUCGACUCCACAAAACAUGCAGGUUUCUAUCAAAACAGAACCCAUAGACACCGAACCACAGCCGAGUUAAACUAUUCACUUAGGUUACACUUUUUAAUUCGUCGAAAUAUGGCGAUUGUCGCCUCGACCAAUAGGAACACGACAAUUAUGGUCUGAAGAAUAAUUGUCACCCAAUGGGCUAAAAGUGUUUGACACUCUGUUCGUUCGUAAGUCUGUGGUUUUUAUUACUGAGAGUAAAAAUAUGUGUUAUGCAGACGUUAUUGGUGAAAUGACUCGCAAAUGUGAAAAAUCCAUUUAAGAGGAACUACAUCAUUGUAUAAAGUAGAUAGGUCUAUGGAAGGGAAAUAACCUAAUGUUAUUCAAGUGUGUUUUGAAGUAGAAUUUGAGCUAUAUACAUACAUAUAUAUAAAUGUUGUGAUUAUAUUUAUAGGAAUGUUGAUUUAUAUAAGACCUAGAAAAAUUGGUCGAAUGUCAAUAGAUUUUCAAAAAGGAAAGUUUUUUGAUGGUUCUCGCGGCUAAAAAUUUAAAAUAAAUCUUUUACGAACUGAGGUUGCCCAAUUUAUGUAUAAGUAAGUAUACCUACUGAAAGUAUUUAUUUUCAUAUAAAUAUCAAAUUAAAAAAUAAUACAAUAAAAAAUGUGAGAUUGUAGUGUUAAUUCAGAAUCAGAUUUGUGAAAAAGCGACAAUAUUUUGCUUAUAUACAUUCAAGAAGUUAGUUACUUUGAAGUUAUUCUGAUGCAUACCUACAUUUUGUAUAUGUGCUAAUUUAUGUCUGCUUUUACUAUGGAAAAUUAAACAAAUAUAAUGUGUUGAGCAUUGCUGAAAAUUUUGUUAGAGAUGUAGAUUUCAUUCUCAAUUUUGACUUCAGUUCUAUUUUUCAAUUUAUUUCUGCAAAUUGUGAAAAAAAGCGUACCUGUCUAUUCGCAAAAUGUAUUAUGGUCUAUGAGUAAACAUAAUUGGGAAUGAAAUCAGCAUCUCAAUAUUUUGUACGUUGAUUGUGGUGAAUAAAUGUGAUAUAGUUUAGUUUUGCCAUGUAAUUACUAUUUUUAAGUUUAAUUUUAUUGUUAAUUAUUAUCUUGUCUUCGAAAUUACGAACCUUUGUGAGAUUAGCCGAUAAAAUAUGUAUACUUAAUAGUUGCGCAUGUACGUAUGCCAAUUGUAAUACGUUUUUUGUCAGCACACACAAAUGUUAGAUAUCUGCUUAUCUCACAAAGGAAAAAGAAGUGUAGAGCAUUAUUGUAUUUAAUUUGCGCACAUUUACGCGAUGUAGAAUGGUUAUAACCCAGAUAUUGCUGUGGUCAAGACUUUUUUGUAUGUUGGGCCUCAAUUUGAGGCAGACUUGUGUUCUACGCCUCAAAUCGAGGCAUAAAACAUCGAUAGUGAUAUUUGCUCACUUUUCCAAACCACGGCUUUAAAUUUACUUUUUGAUUUAACAGUAUGGCGUGAAUAAGAAAUUUAUUUUAGUUAAAGAGCAUUUUCUAGUUGUUAGUAUUAUGUUAAGUGUUAGUACACGGGGAAAUUCCUCUUUAGUUAGUGAGGUACAUAGAGCCUCAGGUACCAAGAUACAAGUUGUAAUAAAUAUGUUAAUUCCUGUACAUAAUGGCCGGUGUUGGCCUAAGAGUUGGCCAUUGUGUACAGGCCAAAUAUUAUGUGUCGAACACAAUACGAUGUUGAAUAAAUGUGUCGUUUAUGUAUGUACAUUCCUUAACUUAGGAAUAUUGUAGGUUUACGAGAAAUUAUCACGGAUUGUAUACCGACGAAUAAAAAUAAAAGAUAUUUUAUAAA